CUCACGCCUUAAUAUGGCAUGCUGGUUCGAGAAUUUUAGAGUAGUUCUGUUGAAAUUUGUUUUUGUUUUAUUAUUUCAUCAUUUUUAUUAACAAAAUGUCCCAAUCAUCACAAUUAAUGACACAUCGAAUUCGUUUCUUUCACUAUGAACCAAAAUCGAUAAAUUGUAUUGAUUUCAAUGAAAAAUUGGGUAAACUUGCUUUACUUCGACGAUCGAUACGUAAACAUAAACCAUCACAGAAUGAUAUGCCAAGUAUUAUUGAAAUAUGGAAUGUAAAACAAAAAGCCUGGUAUCUUGAACAAACUAUACAUGAAGAUCCUGAUCAAUCUAAUCUAUUGGAAAGUAUUGCCUGGUCACGUUGUGGACGUCUUUUUUCUUGUGGACUUAAUUCUUAUCUAAAUGAAUAUGAUUUAUUCAACGGUAGAAUUGCCCGUUCAUAUUGUGUUCAUUCUGAUCCAGCAUGGUGUAUGACAAUCGAUUCGGAUAAUGAACUUAUAGCCGUUGGUACUGAAAAUGGUUUCAUCUGUAUAUUCAAAAUGUUUGAUGAUUGUUUACAAUUUGAAAAAAUUAUGCCCAAAAAUGAUAAUCGUAUACUUUGUCUGCAAUGGCAUCAUUAUGAUAUGGAUUCAACGAAUUUAUUUUUGAUUGCUGGCAGUAUUGAUUUUGUAAAAAUCUACAGCUAUCGACAGGGAAAAUGUAUAGAUUUCAUUCGAAUCGGCAAUAAUCGAAUCGUUUGCUGGUGUUUAAGAGUCCUUAAAGAUUUUACGAUCAUCACAGGCGAUUCCAACGGUACCGUAUCAUUUUGGAAUGGCAAAACAGUUACAUUGAUUCAAUCAUAUAAUUCACAUCGUGCCGAUAUUUUAACAUUAUGCAAUACGAAUGAUGAAGAAAUUGUAUUCGCUGCCGGUGUUGAUCCGACUAUCGUACAAUUUCAUCGUUGUUAUGGUCCACAGAUAACAACAUGGGUUUGUUCACGUAAACGACGACCACAUAAUCAUGAUAUACGUUCCAUGUUGAUUAACAAAAAUCUAUUGAUUAGCGGCGGUAUCGAUAGUCUUUUGUCACAGAUUUCUAUCGAUUCAAAUGGUCAUAUAAGUUAUCUGACAAAUCUAUUCCAUAAAUGUUCAUUCACAUCAAAUGAUCAAAAUAAUUUCAUUGGAUUAAUGUAUGAUAAAUUUAUUCAAAUUUGGCGUUUAGGUGAUGCCGAUCCUAGAAAUGAAGCAAAUUCAAAGGAAUCAUCAACGAUGAUUACACGGCUAAAACUUUCGGAAAAAGCAACAAAAUUGUUGGAUAUUAAAUCACGAAAACCAAUCAUUGCAUUCGAUAUGAAUUCCGAAUGGAUAAUCUAUGCUAGCUAUCAAACAUUCAAAGCUGUAACAUGGUCUGAAGAAAGAAUUGAAAAAAUUAAAAUUCUACAUGAUCCAAUAUCAAAUAUUUCGAAUAUUCGAUUAUUGAAUAAUGAUCGUUUUGUAGUAAGUUAUGGUUGUAAUUUUGAUAUAUUCGAAUUGGAUCGAUUCGGUAUCGUAUUGGAAUAUUCGGGAAUUUCAUACGAACAAAAAAGAAUCCAUAGAAUUCUAUCAUCCGAAAACAAAAUGAUUAUAUUGACUGCCGAUAAUUGCAUUUCCAUUUAUGAUCUGAAUCAUUCUAAAUAUGAAUUAUUGGGCACAAUCACCAAUAUUGCUCAUCAACCAUGUGCAUUAGCUAUCGAUAAUCGAACGAAAAAUCUAGCGGAAAAAUUAUGGUUAUCAUUUCCUAAUUCAUUGCUAAUCGAAUAUGAUCUAAAUAAUCGCCAACAAUGUCAAACAUUAAUGUUGAAUAAAUUCAAAUCGAAUGAAAACAAAGAAAGCCGUAGUUUCAAUGAACAUUGGACAAUUAAACAGAUUGCAUUUUCAAAAAAUUCAAUCCUAUUAGCUGAUGAUAAUAAUCUUUAUAUGCUUAAUAUUGAACAACAACGUAUGAUUAAAUGUGAUAAAUAUCAUCACAUUAUUGCUAUGGCAAAUAUUCAACAUCAAACACGAAAAUGUCCAGAUAAUAAUAAUGAUGAUGAUAAUAAAUCGAAAAUCAAUAAUGAUGAUGAUGAUGAUGAUGAUGAUGAUCUUGUCAUCAUAGAGGUCACAAAUCAGAUGAUAAUGGCUACAUUACCACCAUUGUUAGUAAUGAAAACAUAUGGUGUAUCAUAGAAAAAUUCAUUUAUUUUUUUUCUCAUUUAAUUUAAUGAAUAAAAAACUUUUCUUUCAAUCUAAA